GGAAAAAAUAUUGGUUUUGAUUAUGUGUCAAAAUGAAGUGUCAAGUUAAUUCAAAACUCAAAUUGUAUUAUUUUCACAUAAAAUCGAAUUACAUUUUCUGUGCGUUUUUCAUUUAGACGUUUGAAAUAUUUUUUCUAAAGUAUAAGUUUCUGAAACCCUUACCAUUAAGGCUAUUUCAUUCUAGACUAAGUUAUUUCAUUUGGAAAGUGAAUAAGAUGGCGUUUGAAUUUAACCUUAAAAUCUAUUUCCUAAUAUAGGCUAACUUAGGCCUAGUUAGUACUUCGUCAAUUUAAUAAUUGGCGAAUAUCAAUGAAAAACAUUUUUAUAUUAGGUCUAUGUUUGUUUUGAGAAAUAUCUGUAAAGAAACCUGUCGUAUCCUCAAUAACCGUGAUAACUUAGUAUAGGCCCAGUCUAUAUAUAAAUAAUGGACAACAUUGAUACAGGUGGACUUUUCCAUACUCAUUACUAGGGGACAGGGUGUAGAGUAUAAUGAAUCAAAAUUGUUCGAUUAAGCCUGUAAAUGACGACGAUGUUAAUGAUUUGGUCACUUUUAAUGCUACCUCAACAAUCCCAAACAAUGUAGUGGAACACUCUAAACUAUUGCCUGUUUCACCAGACGAAGAUGACAAAAGUCACUUUGUUGACCAGCCAACCAAUAAAUACAACAGCCUUAAUGAAAAUGACAAGAUGAUUGAAUCAAUUCCUAACAAUAAGGAGCGCUGCGGGAUCCGAGAUUCUUGUAACAAUAAUUCAUCACAUACAAAAACACUUUAUAAUACACAUUCCUUCUUAAUGGACAGAGUAAGCAAUGACUGUUCUAAAACUAAUCAUGACUCACAAUACGAUGUUGAUCCUGGAUUUUUCCUCUCACCCUGUGAAGAAAUUACUCAGAGCUCUAUUUCUGAAGAGAGCAUGUCUGAAUUUUCCUCGGAUUGUGCUUCUCUGGACUGUAAAGAAACUGAAGGUGUGGAUGAGGAGGAAAAUUCCAAAGAAUUAAAUUUGUCUGGUACUGAAGUUCAACUUAUUAAACAUAAACAAAAAAUCUCAGAGCUAAACGACAUCAUAAGCAGGUUAAAAAAUGAAAAGGACAUGUGGGCUGCAGAAGCAUCUCAUGAAGUAUGUAAAGCACAGAUUGAGCAAUUGAGAAGGGAGGUUGAGCUGUUUAAACAAGAACAUGAACUGGACAUCCGUACUCUGGCUUCCAUGAAACUGGAGAUAGAUUCUGUGAAAAAGCAGUAUGACAUAGCCAACAGAGAAAGAGAAGCUUCAGUGAUGAGGUAUGCGACCAGUGAAAUGGAGGUUAUAAAUCAACGGAAAGAAAAAGAAAAUCUAGAUAAAAAGUGCAAAGAACUUGUAAAAGAAAAAGACUGUAUUUCUUCCAAGUUAAAAUCUGUCAUGAUUGAAAAGGCUCGAAUAAAUCAACUGUUUGAUAACAAAUGUUCUGAAUUGGCCAACGCUCAGAGAGACAUUGAGAAACUAACAGAAGAACUGAAUGCAAGAGACAUCAAGAUUAAAUGGACUCAAAGUAAACUCAGGAGUGAAAUAGAAAUGCAUAAGGAAAGCGACGCCCAGGUUGAUAAACUUAGAAAUAAGAUCCUUGAAUCUGAAGAACUAGUGGAGAAAGCCAAAAAGGAUGCAGAGAUUGCUAUAAAACAGUUUCAAUGUUCUCAAGAGAAUAGAGCAUAUGUACUUGAACAACAGCUGAAAGAACAGCAUGCCCAGCUGAUCUUGGAGAGGCACAACUUGGAGGACAAAGAGAACUCCAGCAAACAACUGUUGCAUGAAAUUGAUACACUGCGCAACAAACAUCUGCUCCUCAUCGACGAAAACAAUGCUUUGAAACUGAAGGUUUGCAGUCUAGAAAAGGAGAAGCAAGACCAUGAACAGACAAUUAGCAGAGUGCGAGAGUCAGCUGAGAAAAGCUUCCAGGAGGUGGAGCAGCUACAUGAGAAAACAUUAACUAUGGAGAACCUCAAGCUGCAACUGCAGCAGGAGAGAGAGAAAGUGAGCAGUCUACAGACAGAAGUGUCCCAGCUGAGAGCCAGCAAUGAUGAGCUGCUACAUGACAUGAGCAGUUGUCGUGAGAGAGAGACAGAGAUGCUGGAAUUCACACAGAAAGUAACUGCUAAGAAUGUCCGCCUCCAGUCAGAGUUUUCUUGCAUUGAAGCCAAGGCACGCCUGUUAGAGAGUGAAGAAGAGCCAUUACAGAGAAAAGUUAAUGAGUUGACAAAUAAAAUAGAAAGCUUGCAAAAGGAGCUAAGCAAUGAAAGAAAAGAUAGAAAUGAUGAGAAGAAAUUAGUUGCAAGACAUUUGGCAGAGAAGACAGCCAAGGUUGAGGCUCUGACUAAGGAAGUAGAUGAUCUUAAAGGGGAGAACCAAGUGAUAAAGCACAAACAUUCAGUAGCUCUCAGAGAGUUACAUCGUGAGGUUGCACAGUGUCGCAGGAGGCUAGAGCAGUAUGAGGUUAGUAGUGGAAGUGAUUCUAUGUGUCUGGGGUCUAGAGCCAGCUCUUGUAAUUCUCUCAAUGAUGCUGCCUCUACAAUAAGUAAUGUGACUCUCAAUGAAAAUAUUCAGCCAGAACCCAACAAACAGACUAUGAUUGAACGUAUUCUGAGACUACAGAGGGACAACGUCAGACUGCGGGAGAAGGUAGAUUUCCUGGAGGAGCACAGCAAACAGCUGGUUAGUGAGAUGCAGAAGAAGACAAGGGUGCUUCAGGGCUACAUUUUGCGAGAGGAGGCCGGGGCAUUGUCAUCACGAGCCAUGGACCUCAACAAGGCUGCUAAUUUAGGAUGGGCCAAGUUAAAAACUAGGACUGAGGUAGCCAAACACGGAGGUAUCAUGGCGUCAGUGUAUGGAUCCAAGGCUGUUGACGACUCUAUGACUCUUGACCUCAGUUUGGAGAUCAACCGCAAGCUCCAAGCCGUACUUGAGGAUACUCUACUGAAAAAUAUCACUCUAAAGGAAAACAUUGAUACUCUGGGAGAUGAAAUUCGCAGGUUGAGCAAGAAAUCAUAACAACAGGAUUUUCCUUCAAGAAUGUUAUCAUGUACUUAAAAUACAAAUUACUAGUCAAAGCUACUAGAUGUAGUACUAAAUUAUUUACUUUGGCAAGUUGGUUUAUAAGUUAUUUCUUAUUCUCAAUCAUACCAUUUUAAGAGAUUGGUAUAGUGUAUAAUUUAACUUUACUCAAUUGCUUACUAUAAAUAUGUUUGCUAGGUGGUCAGCAUGGUUUGUUCAAAGUUUUAUCAUUAUGUUACUUUAAGUUGUUAUAUCUUUAACCUAUAUGUGAUUUAUAUAUAUGUAUAUGUAUAACUUCAAAAAAUAUUAUAUAUAAGUAUUAGAAACUCAAAACAUAGUUUUACUAAAAUUGUGUUGUUUGGUAAAUCACUUUGUCACUAUUCAAAAUUGGUUACUUGGCAUUUAUUUGUAGCCUAUGUCAUAAUUAAUUAAACAUAACCUCCACUUGUACAUAAUUAGACAUUUAGGUAACCAGAACCACACAUGUCUGUCUCUGUAUUCAAUGGUAUUAAGGAAAUUUCUUAGAAAAUCAUAGUUUUUAGCGAGUUUCCCAUAUAGGGAAUAAGCUAUUACCGUAGGUCUCAUGGUAAGACCUGGACCCGGGACCGAUUUAGUUUUUCGUUUUGAGGUCCCCAGAGGCCAA